UAUAUUAGUUUGCUGUUUGUGAAAUUAAGUGCCAUGGGACAACAUGUCUCUAGAACUGAUUUUGAGUGGUCUUAUACAGAAGAGCCCCAUGCUAGUCGAAGGAAAAUCAUUUUAGCGAAAUAUCCCCAAAUUAAGAAACUUUUUGGUUUUGAUCCCAAAUUCAAAUGGGUAGUUACGGGAAUGGUGUUAACACAAUUUUUUUUAAUGUACAUAUUACGUGACAGAUCAUGGCCAGUACUGCUUUUAGUUGCCUAUUGCUUGGGUGGAGUUAUAAACCACUCCUUAAUGUUAGCUAUACAUGAAAUAUCGCACAAUUUAGCCUUUGGACACGCCAGGCCUUUGCAUAAUAGAUUGUUUGGUUUCUUUGCAAAUCUGCCAAUCGGUAUACCCAUAUCAAUAAGUUUUAAAAAGUACCACUUGGAGCAUCACAGGUACCAAGGAGAUGAAAAGAUGGAUACAGACAUUCCGACAUAUUUAGAAGCAAAAUUGUUCUGUAAUACUUUUGGAAAAUUUAUUUGGGUUAUCUUACAGCCGUUUUUCUACUCAUUUAGGCCACUAGUCACUUAUCCCAAACCACCUACACAACUUGAGCUGAUCAAUGCAGUGAUUCAAAUCAUAUUUGAUGCUAUUGUAGUCUAUUUCUUAGGAGGCAGAAUAUUAGGAUAUCUGUUGUUUGGUAGUGUGAUGGCUAUGGGAUUGCAUCCUGUUGCAGGUCAUUUCAUCUCAGAACACUACAUGUUUAAAAAAGGUUAUGAAACAUAUAGUUACUAUGGGCCUUUGAAUUUUAUAACUUUUAAUGUUGGGUACCAUAAUGAGCAUCAUGAUUUUCCUGCUGUACCUGGAUCAAAAUUACCAGAAGUGAAAAAAAUUGCUCCAGAAUUCUAUGACGACUUACCCCAGCACGACAGUUGGACACAAGUUUUAUAUGACUUUGUCAUGGAUCCAGACGUUGGUCCCUAUGCUAGAAUUAAGAGGAAGCAAAGAGGUCUUAGCACGUAAUUUUAUAGGAAAUUACGUAUAAUUAGGGUAAUUUUUGAACUUUAUAAAGUUAUUUUAUUUUUAUAUGUUUACUUUAUAAAAAAGAGUUAAUACGUUUUAAAAUUACCUUGUAUAAAGCCAGUGACAUCAAGAUCUAUGUAAUAAAUUGUGAAUGGAACCUACAAAGUAUUUUUGUAAUUUUGCAUGGUGUGAUUGCUGUCUUAAUUAUUAUUAGUUUUUAAUAUAUUACCAAAGCAUCUUUUUCUUACUACAGGUAAACAAAGAAAGGCAAUAUUGUAUUAUUACUUUUUUUGCUUAGCUGCAACAAUUUCAUGCAUUGCUUUUCUUUAGAGCCAUUUUGUAGUAUAAUAUAAUAAUUAGUGAAGGGAGUAUUCAGAGAAAAAAAAGUUAAUAUCGUUGAAAUGAGGAAUAGUUACGUUAGAAUAUUUAGUGAAUGAAUGGUUAAUUUCUGGUUUUCAAAUAGAUUUUAAGCUAAUUGUAUACCUUAUGUUACACAAUCUUCACAGUUAUUCCAGCGAUAAAAGGAUUUGGUUUUAAAAAUGAUGCAAUCUUCCUUCACCUAACUAUAAUACCUACUAGGUUUUGUUAAAUAUUGUGUAUAUCAACCAUUUACAAAUAUAUAUUUAUAUUACU